AUUUUAAAUUCUUUUCACUGCGGUGGAAAAAGCCGCAAAUGUAGGACGUGUUGUUGUCAAUUUCCACUCAAUUUCUUAUCGUAAUUAUUUAUUUAUUAUCGAUAAAUACAAGAUAAAUUGUUUGUCAAAAGAAUUUAAGAUCAACAAUCAUGAGUAGCAAUGCAAAGAGGACGAUAUAUGUUGGUGGGUUGGCAGAAGAGGUAGAUGAAAAAAUGCUUUCAGCAGCAUUUAUUCCGUUUGGUGACAUUGUUGAUAUACAAAUUCCUUUAGAUUACGAAUCCGAAAAGCAUAGAGGAUUUGCUUUUAUUGAAUUUGAAGCAGCUGAGGAUGCUCUUGCAGCAAUUGAUAAUAUGCAUGAUUCAGAAUUGCAUGGACGAACAAUUCGUGUGAAUAUUGCAAAACCACAAAAGAUUAAGGAAGGUUCAUCGAAACCAGUUUGGGCAGACGAUGCAUGGCUACAGGAACACGCAGGAGAAACAUUAAAAGGAUCUGACACGACACCUGCUGAAGAUGCUGUUUUAACAUCAAAAAAGAAACAAAACCCACAAGUAUAUUUCGACGUCAGUAUUGGUAGACAGGAGCUUGGAAGAAUAAUAAUGAUGCUUCGAGCUGAUAUUGUUCCUAAAACCGCAGAAAAUUUUCGUUGUCUUUGUACUCAUGAGAAGGGUUUUGGAUAUCAGGGAAGCUCGUUUCAUCGCAUCAUUCCAGAUUUUAUGUGUCAAGGAGGAGAUUUUACAAAUCACAAUGGAACCGGCGGUAAGUCAAUUUAUGGCAAAAAAUUUGAUGAUGAAAAUUUUGAUUUAAAACACACGGGAGCUGGGACAUUAUCGAUGGCAAAUUCUGGACCAAAUUCAAAUGGGUCGCAAUUCUUUUUAUGUACUGCAAAAACUGAAUGGUUGGAUAACAAGCACGUUGUGUUUGGCCAUGUGCUAAGUGGACUGGAGGUUAUGAAAAAAAUUGAAAAAUGCGGCACUAAAGGAGGAACUCCUUCGCAAAAAGUAGUCAUCACAAAUUGUGGCGAGUUGACGUGAAAAAUAAUUCAAUUUAUAUUUAUCAAAUUAAAAUAAGAGGAAAUUUUUUCUAAAAACAAUAAUAAAAAAAAACGGGAAUUACUUGACAUUAUUUUACUUACGUAAAAUAUUUAUUUACAUGAAACAACGAUAUAAAAGAGAAUAAUCGUUUUUGUAGAAAAAUAUAAGGAGCAUUUGAUUGGUA